AUGCAUCGACUUUUUGCUGAGCUGGAGCCAUCUGUAACCGUCACCGAGCAAAACCUGGCAGACCGAGUUCGGUAUAUCUUGCGCUCAAAUACAUUUGAUGUCACAGAACUCGAACGGCUACGACGUGAGGCUGUUCCUUCAUCGGGUGAAAAUGCUGCGGCUGAGGAUGCGGCGCCACAACUUGCUGAGCAAACGGCAAAUGUGGAUGCCGCCGUGAAUACGCCAGUUGUGGUUGAUUCAAACGAUGAUGGAACAGUCGCCCAGGAACUGGAUCUAGAGCAAAUGAGGAGUACAUUGGAAGAGGCGAUUGUGGAAACGCGCAGUACGACUCUCGAAAAUCGACCGCGACUUCCCCGCUUAGCCCUAAGCAAGGGGAAUCGGGCUGUCGUGAGGGCUCUGAACCCAAUGCUGGUUACCUAUUUGGAAGCCAGCCGGGACCUUUGCGAUACGGACUCAAUUCUUCUUGGCGCCGCACUGGCAGUCUGCCGUAUUAUAGGUGCCAAACUUUCCACGGCUGGACGCGCUACUGGACAAAGUAGUGCUAUCCCAGCCUGGAGAAUAAGAAUUGAAGAACGUAUCGCAAAGGCUAGGGCCCUCAUCGGCAGACUGAUAUGCUUCAGGUCAGGCAAUACCAGGCCAAGGAUUGUGCGCACCGUCAGGAUGGCGUUUGCUGGGACAAAUGUUAAUUUGUCCCAGCCGGAUAUAAUGCAAAAACUGACGGAGCGCAUAGACGACCUGAAGCAAAGAAUAGCUGCUUGGGGAAAGCGGAUUCGGCGAUAUACCGAGAGGUCGACACGGUUUAACCAGAAUCGUCUCUUCCAGAGUGAUCAGAAGAGGCUCUAUAAAUCAUUGGAGCGACCAAUGGUAAGUGGAACGGGUCCAGCACCGAAUCAGGCCGAUAUGGUCGCAUUCUAG